CGACAGAAGAGUCAGUGUGUACUCAGUUUUCGGAACCAUUCGAGCAGAGGAGUUAUCAGCCUGCCCAAUUUUGGGUCACUAGCCAGCUAGCUAUCUCGGUCCGGAGCGCUUGCCACUUGGAAUUUUUCUAAUCGGGCCGCAGUUCGUUCAGUUCUGACUCACAGCGAUUCCGGCGUUAGUCGAUUCCGCGCGGUAUGACAGAAGUCACGCUCUUACUCCGGCUGCCUUCCCAUUGUCUUUGCUAGAUUGUUUUUUACGGUAUCGAGAUGAGCGAACCCCAAGAUGGCAGAAAUCAGUUUGCCCGAAAUCUGAUAGAUGUCAUUACCAAAGAUGCGGUGCAACAGAGCAAAGAUGCACACAUCAAUACGAUUUUCUCACCAGCAUCCGUCCAAAGUUCACUGACCUUGGCAUUUAUGGGCGCGACCGGGUCUACGGCAGAGGAGCUAAGGAAUGGACUCCAGCUUGGACCAGGAGACCGCCAUCACAUAGCCCUGAACUUCGGAGAGUUCUGGCGCACGAACUGCAACUACGGCGAAAGGGGACCCGUGUUGAAGUCCGUGAACCGGUUGUACGUCCACGAUUCCUUGGAACUGCUUCCAGAGUUUAACGAGAUCGCCAUGGACUUCUUCCAGUCGAAGGCAGAGGCGACUAGGUUCGCGGAUUCGGAGGGCGCUGCGCAGCUGAUCAACGACUGGGUGGAACAGGAGACGGAGCACAAGAUCACCAACCUGCUUCAGCCGGACGCCGUGAACAACGAAACGAGCGCCUUGCUCAUCAACGUCUUGUACUUCAAGGGAAAGUGGAAUAAGCCCUUUAUGCCGGAGACCACCUCGAUCGACCAUUUCCACGUAGACCGGGACACUCACGUGGAGGUGAACAUGAUGUACCAAGAGGACAAGUUCAGGUUCGCCGAACUGCCACAGCUGAAGGCGCGGGCUGUGCAACUGCCCUAUGAUUACUCAAAUAUACACAUGCUGAUCCUGCUACCCAACGAAGUAGCCGGUCUGCAGGAGCUGGAGCAGCAGCUCAAGACCACGGAUCUAGCCGAUAUUGACGCAGCUCUGACCUGGCAGGAUGUGGAGAUCUUCCUGCCCAGGAUGUGCAUAGAGUACGACGUGGAUCUCAAACAGGUACUUAAUCAGCUGGGUAUUACGGAGGUCUUCAGCGACAAGGCCAGACUCGACGGGCUCUUUACCUCGCGAAGUGGCCAAAAGAUCUCGGCGGCAAGGCACCGCGGCUACAUCGACGUAAAUGAGGCAGGAUCGGAGGCAGCAGCAGUCAGUUUCAUGAAGAUAGUACCCAUGAUGCUAAAUAUGAACAAGAAGCUGUUCAAGGCGAAUCACCCGUUCGUGUUUUACAUACGAAACCCGCAGGCCGUCUUCUUCGCCGGCCGAUUCUCGAACCCCAGGUCUGGAUUAGGAGGGAAGGGCUCGCCAGGGCAAGGUUCCCAUGCCAGCAUGUACCAUGUCUAGGAGCAGCAGUGAGACCGAAUAGAACGCAGCUAUGAAAUCCCACUAGACGUCAUUGGAUUUCAAUCUGAGAGAGCUGUGUGCGCGGUUCUCAGUAGCGAAGUAAAGUAUUGCCAGUAGGUACAUAUAGGUACAUAUGAGUCCAGUGCAUAUAUGAGCUCGUCUUGGCACUCAGCGCUCAGUUUACCGAGAUACUUAUCUCGGGCAAGAGUUCGUUGUAUACGGUCAAAUGUAUCACUUGU